AGUUCGAGUUUGACAGUGUUUCAACUUGACUUGGCUCAGUUACACCUCUAGGAACCCUAAAAAAAUUCAUUCCUAAGUCUUUGUUUCAGCACUGGAGAGCUUGCUAUGGUUUCAAAAAGUGGAUAUCUGAAUAGAUUAGUGUUCGAGAGUGGAAGUUAUGGAGAGAAAACUAAUGUUCCUAAGAUUCAAAUAGAUAAUUUUCCAGGCGGAGCUGAUAUCUUUGAGUUAGUGGUCAAAUUCUGCUAUGGAUGGAAAGUUGAUCUAACAGCAGCUAAUGUUGCUCCUGUAAUUUGUGCUGCACAUUUCUUGGAAAUGGGUGAGGAUUUUAAACGAGGAAAUCUCAUUUCCAGGACCGAGACGUUUCUGAGUUUCAUGCUGCUCACAUCAUGGAAAGACAUAUUUCAGAUAUUGAAAAGCUGUGAGGCUGUUUCGUCUUGGGCAAAGGAAUUGCAUAUUCUGAAACGAUGUUCUGAAGCCAUUGCUUGGAAAGCAAGUAUUGACCCGAAAACAUUUGCCUCCAGAGGUGAUGAUACAUUUCAGUUUACAACGCAAUCAAAUAAUGCAGAAAAGUUGCAACAUGGAUCUGUAGCUGAGAACUGGUGGUUCGAAGAUGUUUCGUUUCUUCGAAUAGAUCAUUUUCUUGAAGUCAUUGAAUACGUUAAAAGAAAAGGGGUGAGAUCAGAGCUGGUUGGAUCAUGCAUAGCUCACUGGACUGCAAAAUGGAUUUCUCAAAUUCAUUUCGGCAAACACAAUCUUCCGGAACAUCGAACGCAUAGAUUACUGAAAGUUACAGCAGAAAGCUUGAUUAAUGUUCUUCCCGAGGAGACAAAUUCAAUUUCUUGCAAUUUUCUGCUUCACCUUCUCAAAUUGGGGACUAUGAUGAGGAUUAAUGUUGAACAAUUGAAUAAAUUGGAACGAAGAAUAGCUUGUAUGUUGGAGCAAUGUUCUGCUUCAGAUCUUUUAGUCAAGAAUUAUGACAAAAGCACUACUCUUUAUGAUGUGAAAAUUGUCUUAAAGGUAGUACAAUCGUAUCUUUCUUUAAUAUGGAAUCCAGCGCCGAGACUGCACGUCGUUGGUCGGUUGAUGGAUGAAUAUCUUACAAUGAUUUCCAGAGAUGAGAAACUUUCAGUUGAACAGUUCCAAUUGAUUGCAGACGUAUUACCUAAAAAUUCAAGAGUUCGUGAUGACAACUUGUACAGAGCCAUAGACGUGUAUCUCAAGGCACAUCCUAGUCUAACAGAAGAUGAAAGAACAAGUGUGUGCAGAGCCAUGGAUUAUCAUAAGCUAUCGCAAGAAGCUCGCGGUCAUGCAAUGAAGAAUCAAAGAUUACCUUCGUAUGUUUCAAUGAGAAUUUCCCUUCUUGAACAGGUCAAGAUGGCCAAGCCAAUGACAGGCAGUGUAUCCGACUAUCAAAGAACAAUUAGUGAAUCUAUUAUCCGAUUGAGUAAGGGAUGCCUGAGCGUGACGCAGCAAAACGAGAUUAAGAUGAUGAAAAUUGAGGUUAUGAAAAUGAAGAUGCAACUAAAUGCAUUGCAAAUGUGUAAAAUGCAGAUGCAGAGACAAGUAAAGGGCUGCACUUUCUAGUGAGUUUGUGUAGUAUUUUUGAAAAUAUAAAUGAAAUGCCAAAAUGUAAAACUCGAGAAGUUUUCAUGCAACAUAGGAAAUGAUUUAGGUAAUUCGAAAAGUUGCAGCUUAGCAUCUUUUAUAUGGCUUCAAUUGAUAAAUUAAAUGUAUUGCAAAUUAUUGAAUAAAAUGCCUCUUACUUCAACUUAUCAAAAGUUGUUA